CUUAUAGUAUUAUUUUACGGUUGGUUGAGGCCUUAGGGUAGUAGUAUUUUUUUGGUUAACGGAGGUAGUACUAAUUACUUUCAGAAUUAUUUAUGCAAAUACUACAAUUUGUACUGAUGAAAAAUUUAUCUCAAAACCAAACCACCCCGAGAAAAGAAAGAAAAAAGAGGUACUCCAAAUCUGAAAAUAUCAGAAAGCGACCGAGAGAAAGAGAGAGAGAACUCGGAGUAUGUCGUCGGAACCACCGCAAUUCCAAGAAGCUUCACGUUGUGAUAUCUGCAGUUGCAGCUUCAACACCUUCCGGCGUCGGCACCAUUGCAGAUGCUGUGGCCGAACAUUAUGUGCUGAACAUUCAACAAAUCAGAUGGCCUUGCCACAGUUUGGGCUUCACUCAAGUGUUAGAGUUUGUGGAGAUUGUUUCAAUAACUCUUCUCGUAGACCCGUUGGAGAUGGCGUGAUAGCUUCUGCAAAUGAAGUCAAUGUGCUGAAAGAUUCAUUUUCAACUUUAGAUGUCGGUGCCGUUGCAGAUAUCAGAACUGAAGACACUGUCAAGCAAACUCCUGCUGUAGGCAUUACAGAAUGCAAAUGUGGGAUGCCUUUGUGUAUAUGUCAAGUGACGAAUGCACCAACAACAUCCAUUGCCCCACAGGGAAAUAUUAUGCCAAAUCCAGUGAUAAAUAUAAAUCCAAAACCAAAGAAGGAAAAUAGAAUUCCUACAAGUAGAGCUUCAACAUCAGACAACAAGCAAGGUACAACUUUCAAUAUUGGUCCAGCUACCAGCUGCAAUAUGGAGAGAGUGUCACCGGAUUAUGAAGUCAGUGGCGAGGGUUUAAGAGAAGCAAUAAAAAAUGGUGAUGUCGGUGCUGCAAAGAAGCUCCUAAGUCAGGGAGUUGAUGCAAAUUACCGUGACAAGCAAGGAUCAUCAUUGUUACAUCUGGCAGCGGUGUUCAAUCGAACAGAAAUAGCAUUUGCCCUCAUGGAUAGUGGAGCAAGUUUGUACUGCAAAAAUUCUCAAGGUGAAACACCACUGGAUUGUGCUCCUGCCACAUUGCAAUUCAAGAUGAGAAAGAAGACGGAAGGGAAUGGGCAGUAACGUUACAUCCGAAAGUAACACUUCUCUAAAUCAGGCCACAAGGAUAUUACAGUUUCAGAGAAUGGUGAUCUUUAACCUAUUUUUUGGUCGUAUCUUGUACCACUUCAAGAAGAUGUCAGCAGUUUCAAAGAAGUGAUCUCCAUCCUAUUAAUGUCUCGUAUAUUUGUAGCAGAUCAAGAUUUCCCAAUUUUCUGUUUCUUUUACUUUUUGUGCCUUUGCCUUCUCUCUAUGCGCAAUAAUGUAUUUCAGUGUUUUUUUCCCAACUAUUUCAAUGGUUGUUAGAUGGAAAAAAGUAUAGGGGGAAGACCAUAGACAUUGUGGUUAUUUCACGAGUAAACACUUGGAUCAUUGGUUUCAAGUACUUAUGGGUUUUUAUCCCUUUCAACAAA